AUGUCGACAAUAAUUUCAAGAGAACAACCACAAUCACCACCACAACAACAAAUGAAGAGUAAUUCUUCAUCAUCAUCAUCAUUCAGUCUAUAUACUAUAUUAAGAUUUGCAUUUGAAUAUCUCGUGACAUUAUUAGCAUCAUCCCUUAGUAGUAUUUUAUUAGUCAAUGAACCAAAAAUCAAAUCAACCACCGAAGAAGAUGAUUUAGAUAUCGAUUCAAAACAACCAAGCAUAUUUCCUAGUUUAGCAAAGAGUAAUUUUGCUGACAAUUAUUCACCAGAAAAACCAAUAGAUAAAGAUGUUUUAAAACCAACAGUCUGUUCAAUGGGUAUUACUAGUAGAAUUUUACCUUACACUAAUGAAGAUGGUGAAUUAGAAUGGAAAUUUACUGAAAUGUCUGGACGAGAAUUGGAUGCAUUUAAAUUACAACCAGAAGAUCACAAGAAACUCACUCCUACAAGUAGUAAUGAAUAUGUAUCGAAACAAGAUUCUGCUACACCAGGAAGCAUAAGUGGGUCUAGUGAAUCUCCAACAUAUUCUGAAGUUGAAACACCAGGUUCCACCAAUGGUCAAGUUUAUAAAUGCCCACAUUGUGAUGUUGAAUUUAAAGUCCGUGGGUAUUUAACAAGACACAUGAAGAAGCACUCCACUAAGAAAGCAUACAGAUGUCCAUUCCACGAUAGAAGCAUUUAUAUCGAUGACAAUAAUAUUACCCACAAGUGUCAUCCAAGUGGAGGUUUUUCAAGAAGAGACACUUACAAGACUCAUCUUAAAUCACGUCAUUUCAAUUAUGGCAAAUCAAUCAAAUCAAAUGAACGUUCCAAUGUACCAGGUCAAUGUGCCAUGUGUGGUGAGCAAUUUAGUAGUGCCGAAAUUUGGUGUGAAAUUCAUGUUGAAGGGGGCGAAUGUAAAUUCUUGCCUCCUGGUUUCAAAGGUAAAUCCAGAAUAAAGAACAAAUUGAGAAAACAACUUAAAAAGAACAAGACAAUCGAUCCUGAAUUGAUGCCUUUUGCUGAUAAAGUGCGUGAAGAAGUGGAACAAGAGGAAGAGUCUAAAUUGAAUAUGACCAAGAAGAAACAACAAAAGGUUAAAGACGAACUGCAAUCUGUUUCUCCAGUACCGAUUCCUGCCAGUCAUCAACCACUGCAUCAAUCAAUGGAUACUCCUGCAUCUAUUUACUCUUCUUCAUCAUAUGAAACACAAUCAUCACAUUCUCCUUACACUCCACAAUCAUCGAGGUCCCCAGUAGUGCAACCAUUUGUUGUUCAACAGCCUUCAUAUUUUGAUGAAAUUGCUAAUGCACCUCAAAAUGCGGAAACAAACACUGGAAUGAAGGAAGAUUAUGAUGAUGAAUUUUGCUUAGAUGUUGAUCAAUUGAGUACCUCAUUGUACAAUGAAAUGGUUGGAAAUCUAGUUCAACAUUCAAUGCCAACUCCACAACAUCAUCAACAGCAACACUUCCAAGCACCAUUGUAUUAG